AUGUCUCAGUCUUCCGUCAGCAGGUGCAUUGCACGGGUUGCGCAGGCCAUUGUUGACGUAGGGAAGCUACGAGGAUGGGUGGCGUUCCCACGCACCGCCUUUGAACGAGCAGCCGUCAAGCAAGGCUUCUUGCAGCACGGCAGGCUCGGCGGUGUGAUCGGUUGCGUGGAUGGCACGUUUAUCGCCAUCGCUGCCCCGCGCCUCCCUCCUGCGCAGAAGGCAUCGUUUUGGUGCAGAAAGGGAUAUUACGCCCUCAACACCAUGGUGGUUUGCGACUCGGACAUGAAAAUCCUGUCCAUUGACCCGCGUUUCGGGGGCUCAUGCCACGACGGGCACGUGUGGCGGAAUUCUGGGCUCCGCAAACGCUUCAUGUCCGGUCGCAUUGUUGUGCGGGACGGAGAGUUCCUGCUCGGCGACAGUGCUUACCCCCUUGAGCCGUGGCUUCUAACGCCGGUUCCUGGGCACCCGGAUGAGGACACACCCGAGGGUGUGUACAACAAGGAGCACGCGGCCCUACGGUCAACAGUGGAGCGCUGCAUCGGCCUCCUCAAAAGCCGGUUCCGCUGCCUGCAGCGCUAUCGGGCCCUCCAUUACGGCCCCAGGAAAGCAGGGACGAUUGUGGCAGCAUGUGCUUCACUGCACAAUCUCUGCUUCGAAGAGCCUGAGGACAGUGACGGGGACGAGGAGGACGAUGAACCAGCAGCACACACCUCAAGGACAGUAGCUCCUCCUCGGAGGCAGGCACUGUACUUGCGCGGAAGGGCAACACGUGCAAGGCAAAUCGCGCAGCUGAACAUCUCGCGCAGUGUGCAUCUGCAGCGCAUACAGAGAGCUCUUUUGCGUGCACGGUGA